CCCUGAUUACGGAUAAGAAAGAAGAGGCAGCGGUGGCGCCACCAUGUUCCGUUUUGCGUUUACCUCGACACUCAUCUUGCUCUGCAUCGCGCUGAGCCACGGCGCACCAGGUUUGACGCGCACGCAGGUUUGCGACGAAAAGUCGUGCAAUGACACUUGUACAAUAGAGUCUCAAGCGUCGAACGACCUGGACAUCUACAGAGGGUGGUGCGAUCCGCAAGGCACCUGCCGCUGCUACCAUCGGGACAUUUGCCACGCAGACUCAUGCAAAAACACAUGCGAAGAGAAGCACAUGAAUGAAACCAACCUAACGUAUGAAUGUAAAGAUAACGCCUGCAUCUGCAAAUGGAACAGAAAGAUGGAGGAAACUAGUGCGCCGGACGCCAGCAUGCCCGCCGACAACGUGCCCAACUCCGAGAAACGCGAGGCAACGAUACGCGUAGUGGACGUCGACUCGUUCUACAUGGAGAAAGAGAUUCGUUUGCCGGUUGCCAAAAAGGCCGCUCAGUGA